AUGCUCGACCUUAACGAUUUCAUCACCGAGCGCGGUGGUGAUAUUAACAAGAUCAAGGAGAGCCAGCGCAGGCGGUUUGCCCCCGAAGAAGUUGUCGAGGAGGUGAUCGCCCUGUAUGAAGAAGCCCGCCGAGCACGGUACGCGGCCACUCAAAUCGGGUCCGAGCUCAAUGCCGUUCAGAAGGAGAUUGGAAAGAAGAAGAAGGCCAAGGAAGACGCCAGUGAUCUGGUGAACCAGAAGGCCGACAUCGAGAAGCGCAAGAAGGAGGCCGAAGACAUUGCCGCCCAGAAGGAAUUGGAGCGUGACCGCAAAAUUCGGCCGAUUGGCAACUACGUCCACGAGUCGGUCCCCGUGAGCAACAACGAGGAUGACAACCAGAUUAUCAGAACAUGGGCCCCCGAGAAUGUUGCCAUGGAGCGACCCGGCUGUCUCUCCCACCACGAAGUCUUGACUCGCUUGGAUGGUUACGACCCGGAGCGCGGUGUCAAGAUCGUCGGCCACCGUGGUUAUUGCUUGACCGGCUACGGUCUCUUCCUCAACUUGGCCCUGAUCAACUACGGUCUUGAGUUCCUCUUCAACAAGGGCUACAAACCCAACCAACCCCCGCAGUUCAUGCUCAAGGAUUUGAUGGCGAAGACCGCCCAGCUUGAGCAAUUCGACGAGGAGCUGUACAAGGUCACCGAGAGUGAUGACAAGUCGACGGACAAGUACCUCAUUGCCACCUCGGAGCAACCCCUGUCUGCCCUGCACGACAGCGAGUGGCUGCAGGAGAAGGACCUGCCCAUCAAGUACGCCGGAUACAGCACAUGCUACCGUAAGGAGGCUGGCGCACACGGCAAGGAUGCUUGGGGUAUCUUCCGUGUCCACCAGUUCGAGAAAAUCGAGCAGUUCGUUCUCACCAAGCCCGAUGAGUCUUGGCAAGCUUUCGAGGAUAUGAUCGCUAUCUCGGAAGAGUUCUACAAGUCUUUGGGACUCCCUUACCAGGUUGUGGCCAUUGUUUCUGGUGCACUGAACAAUGCCGCUGCCAAAAAGUACGACUUGGAGGCGUGGUUCCCCUUCCAGCAGGAGUACAAGGAGCUUGUGUCGUGCUCCAACUGCACCGACUACCAAUCGCGGGCGCUUGAUAUUCGCUUCGGUGCCAAGAAGGCCACCGACUUGAAGAAGACUUAUGUCCACGCACUCAACGCUACUCUUUGCGCCACGGAGCGGACGCUCUGCUGUGUUUUGGAGAACUUCCAGCGGGAAGAUGGCUUCGAAGUUCCCGAGGUGCUGCGCAAGUACAUUCCUGGAGCCCCGGAGUUCCUUCCUUAUACCAAGGAUCUUCCCAAGGACUCUACCUCCCAGAAGGCCAAGGCCAAGGCCAAGCCCGCUGCAGCCGACGAGGCGACCAAGAAGAUGCAGAAUCUCAAGGUCUAG